AUGAAUCAUUCCGAAAUCUCGUUGAUUUUACGGGAACUCAAUUUAAGUGAAGAUUGUGUUGCCAAUAUUUACAAUCAUGGCUCAUAUCCCCAAGGUACAUGUACACCUAAAUCCGAUCGAGACCUGAUAAUUGUUACUCGUUCAAGUCAAAGUCCUCUAAAAUUUCAGAGUGAUUUCGAUUAUUUUCAUGGAUUCGAAUUACAUAAAUUAUUCAAUAAAUAUGAUGUUUGUGUAUAUUCAGUUGAAAAUUUUCAACUAGCGUUAGAAAAAAAUUAUUUAUUCUGUGUCCAAUGUCUAUUUUUACCAGAUGAAUUUAAAAUCAAAGAAGAAAUCGACUUUCGAAUAACUUAUCUAGAAAAAUAUUAUAAUACAGUACGAAUAAAAGAAGUGGCUUUUUAUGAAAUGUUAUCAUCUUUCAACUUACUUAAUCGACCUCAGGAUGCAUUUUAUCCAAAAUGUAGUUCAACUGAAAACGAAACAAAUCAACCGUUGUCGGAUUUUAUAUUUAAGAAUUUAUUUCAUGGUAUUCGAUUCUUAGAUAUUGGUGAACAAUUAAUUCAAACCAGAUCAGUGCAUGAUUUUACACGUGUUUCAUAUAUACUUGAUGAGAUGAAAGAUAUACGUGGUGAUCCAACAGAUGAAUCAAAUAAGCAUCGUGUAGUUGAGUAUGUUCGUAAAAAAAGUGUUGAGUUCAAAUCAAAAUUAGAUGCACUCGUACCAACAAAUAUUAUAAAAGGUAUAUUUAAAGUACAUAUUACAUUUGAUUGUAAACCUAAUUCUGAACAAGUUAUUGAAAAAUUGAAAAAAACAUGUCAAAAUACGAAAUAUAAAAUUGCAUUCAUUCAGUUAUGUGCUGAUAAAAAAAAGAAUAAUCUUCAACAAUUAAUAGCAUUUUCGUAUUAUCAUGGUGAAUAUCCAUCAAUUAUAGAACAUUGUGAAAGAAAAAUUCAUGAACAAUUUAAAAAUUUUAAUAUUCUACGUAUUCAAAUAAAAUCAUUAGGAUCAAAUGAAGGUGUACCACAAACUGAUAUUGAGAAGCAAUUAUUUUGGAAUGAAAAAACAUGUUAUUUUGAAUUUCAUUACCGAAUUGUUUUAAAACAAGAACUUGAUGGAAAUUUUUUAAAAUUUCUUCAGAAGAGAUGCGAAUCAUAUUCUACAUAUAAGUUAUAUCUAUCACCUUAUGCGUUUAAACAAAUUGAUCAUAAAAAAUUUCAUUAUAUAAUUACAAUGCGUUUAUUUGAUGUUGGGCGAAACGAAGCAUUUCAAAUGAAUAAUCAAGUUGUCAAGUAUUACAAAAGAAUUUCUUUUCUACCAUCAAAAGUUGAACCUGAAUUUAUUGUUUAUGAUACAAACAUAGACUUGAUGAAAGCUGAAAAUGCUUAG